AUUUUGGCGCGGGCGGUGGCGCGGGCGGUUAAGCGGCAGGCAAAAGCGGCGCAAGGAGCUAGUGUAUAUGAAGAAGAAGAGUAUCUUUUGGCUUUAAUUCUAAGAGAAAAUGUAAUGAAAGAACAAGAAUGCAAAGAAAAACUAAAGGAAUAUUGUCAAAGAUUGAGAAAUAUAACUCAGGAAUUAAAUAUAAUGGGUCCAAAAUUAAAAGAAAUAUGUAAGGAUGAUACAACAGCAGAAGCAAAAUGCACAAAGUUGGAAACCAAAGUUAAAGAAAAGUGUACUACAUUUGAAACAAAAUUAGGAAUAGCAGCCAAAAAAGAUGUUUCAACAUUAGAAGAUAAUGAUUGUAAAGAGAAUGAACGACAAUGCCUAUUUUUGGAGGGAGCAUGUCCUAGUGAUCUUACAGAGAAUUGCAACAAACUAAGGAAUCUAUGUUACCAGAGAAAACGUGACGGAGUAGCAGAAGAAGUCCUUUUGAGGGCAUUCCGUGGGGAUUUGAAGGACAAAUCUGGAUGCGAAAAGAAAAUCAAAAAUGUUUGCUUAAAAAUAGGUCAAGAAAGUGAUGAGUUGACAAAGCUUUGUCUUUACCAGAAAGAAACAUGCGAUACUCUUAUGACUAAAAAACAAAAUAAAUGUGAUUUUCUCAAAACAAAAAUUGAAGAAUUACUAAAAAAAAAAGGAUUCAAAACGAAAUGUCCAGUAUUACUUAGAGAGUGUCACUUUUACGAGGAAACGUGUACAGAUAAGCUAAAAUGUAAAGAGCUUGUGAAUAAUUGUAAAGAAAAGAACGUUGUCUAUACGGAGCCAGGAUCAAAUUUUGAGCCUAUAAGACCAGGAAUUACAUUGGCAGAAGAAAUAGAAUUGGAAGAGCUUUAUAAAGAGGCAGCAAAGAAGGGAGUUCGUAUUGGAAGACCGCCUACAAGAGAUGCAACUGAACUUUUAUUUUUACUAAGUCAAAGCGGUACUAAAUCUACGGUUGCAGAAAAAUGUAAAGAAGUGCUUGAUAAAAAGUGCAAGGACCUUAAAGAACAUAAAUUUUUAAAAGAUUUAUGUGAAAAAGAUAAAAUAAAUGAAGACGGAAAGAAAAAGUGUAAUGAAUUAGAUAAGGAAUUAGCGACCCGUGCUUCGAUUGUUUCUAAAGAGAUUGAAAAAUAUCUUGACAUAGCUAAUGGGAAGGAAAUUAUUAGUUGGCAUGUAUUGCAUACAUUUCUUAGUGAAAGAAAGUGCACGAAACUAUUGUCAGAUUGUUUUUAUUUUACUCAAGAUAAAGGUCCUCUUAAUAAAGAAUGUGAUAAUUUAAAGGCAGCAUGUUAUAAAAAAGGGCUUGAAGCACCAGCAAAUGAAGCAUUACAAGAUAAGUUACGGGGAAAAUUGCAAGGUUUGAAUGAAACAUGGCUUAAGAAUCUUCGAAAAAACUUGAUAAAAGUCUGUGAAAAGAUGAAAGGAGAAAGUGAUGAAUUAUUUGUACUAUGUAUGAACCCAAUAAAAACGGCUCUUACAGUGUCAACAGAUUUGCGAUUGAGGGCAGUUGCUUUGCAGGAACAUUUGAACGAGAAACGAGAUUUUCCAACGAAAAAGGAUUGUAAAGAAUUAGAAGAAAAAUGUGAGGUCUUAGGAAAAGAUUCAAAAGAAAUUAAAUGGUCAUGUUAUACGUUAAAACAGCAUUGCAAUCGACUGGAGAGCAUAGAGCAGUUAGAAGAGGAGUUGUUAAAAGAAAAUAAAGGAUAUCUAAAAGAUGAAAAUAGCUGUAAAGAAGAAGCUAAGAAACGAUGUGAAAAAUGGUUUAGAAGAGAAAAUAGUAAAUUUUUUCCGGCAUGUUCUGACUUGGAGCUUGUUUGCAAAAAGAUCAUUAGAAAUGUUGAAUCUAAAUGUAAUAUAUUGAAAGGAUAUAUGGAGACUAUGAAAAUUGUAGAUAAAAUAGAGAAUAAAGAGGAAGAAGUAUGUGGAUUAUGGGCACCAUAUUGCAAAAAAUUCACUCCAAGUUGUACUGAGCUUGAAGAAAAUGGAGGAAAAGGAUGUAAAAAACUUAAUAAGAAAUGUGAAUCAUUCUUUAAAAAGAAGGAAUUAGAAAAUAAAGCGAUUGAUGGAUUAAAGGGUAAUCUAGCAACGAACGAAGAAUGCAAGGAGACCCUUAAGAAAUACUGUGUAGCCUUGACUAAUGCAACCAAUGGGCUUGAAACUCUUUGCAAAAGCAAUGAAGCUAAUAAGAAAGAUGAGGAUGUAAGGAAAGAAGUUUGCGAAAAACUUGUUAAACAAGUUCAAGAAAAAUGCUUAAAAUUACAAGAAGAACUCACUGAGAUCAGUGAAAAACUAAAAGAGAAAGGAAAAAACUAUGAAAAGAUUAAAAAAGAAGCUGAAGAAGCAAUGAAAGAGGCAAACCUUGUUUUAUCGAGAUUAGAAACAACAAACAAGAAAUCGGCCAAUAAUGCUGUAAAUAAUGCAUCAGUUGCGCCUAAGGAGACAAAAGAUGCAACACAGUUUAAGCUUAUAAGAAGAAAUACAAACACUCAAGUGACUAAAAAAGAGUUAGAGGCAUUUGAUUUAGUAGCAAGAGCAUUUGAUCUCUAUGUAGAAUUAAAGGAAAUAUGUGAUCAUUCACUGAAGGAUUGUGGUUUCAAAAAAGAGUGUAAAUGUGAGAAUCCAUGUGGAAAAAUACAAGAAGUAUGUUCGAAAUUAGAACCACUGAAAGUAAAACCAUACGAAACAACAACUAAAAACAUAACAACUACAACUACAACUACGACAACAACAACCGUUACAGAUCCAAAAGCAACAGACUGCCAAUCUCUGCAAACGACAGACACAUGGGUCACAAAGACGUCGACACACACCAGCACCUCUACGACUACGUCCACAGUUACGUCAAGAAUAACACUGACCUCGACGAGGCGGUGUAAGCCUACGAAGUGCACGACAGGAGAGGAGGAUGAAGCAGGGGAAGUGAAGCCGAGUGAGGGGCUGAGGAUGAGUGGGUGGAGUGUGAUGAGGGGGGUGCUAGUGGUAAUGAUGAUUUCAUUCAUGAUUUAG